UGAGUACUCCAAAGGAUGCCGAGGAUAACCAGUGAUAAAACUGAAUUCAAUUCCUUUCAGGUGUUGAUCUGCGCUGUUAUCGGCAUGGCCGCCGCCGUGGGAAUCGUAGUCAGCGAUGAGUCGAAGGCCGAAGUGCUAAGCCGCAAGGAGGAUGUGCGCCCGGAUGGAUUUGAAGCCUUGUUGGAGACCAGCAACUCCAUCAUUCGAAAGGAGAGCGGCGAUGAGAAGGGCAAUAUCCAGGGCGUSUUCAGCUGGGUCUCCCCCGAGGGCGAGAAGAUCGAAGUGAGCUAUGUGGCCGAUGAGAACGGAUACCAGCCCAAGAGCGAUUCUCUGCCCACUCCUCCCCCAAUCCCAGAUGAAAUCGAGCGGGCUCUGAAAUGGAUUGCUGCCAACCCACCCGCCCCUGACAGCAAGAACUAAGGCUGCCAAAAACAAACUGGUUGAUUUGAUCCUAUAACAGACAUAUAUCUCGAAUAAUAUUAGAAUA